UUAGUGGCUGCUACAAAGAACAAAGCAAAAAACACCCAAGGGCAGGUCCCUAUUACUCAGAAUGUAACAGUUGUGGAAGGUGGAGUGGCAAAUCUGACAUGCAGAGUAGAGCAGAAUGACAAUACCUCCAUCCAGUGGUCAAAUCCAGCUCAGCAAACGCUUUACUUCGAUGAUAAAAAGGCCUUGCGGGAUAACCGGAUUGAGCUGGUUCGAGCAUCAUGGCAUGAAUUGAGCAUUAGUAUUAGUGAUGUCACCCUAUCAGAUGAAGGACAGUACACAUGUUCGUUGUUUACCAUGCCUGUGAAAAUAUCAAGGGCUUUCCUCACAGUUCUCGGUGUUCCUGAGAAACCAGAAAUUAGUGGCUAUUCUGGACCAGUAAUGGAGGGAGACAUUGUUAGACUGACUUGCAAGACAUCUGGAAGCAAGCCAGCAGCAAAUAUCCGGUGGUUUCGCAAUGAUGAAGAAAUCAAAGAUUUCUUAUUUUUGAAAGAAGAGGACACACACAAAAGAACAUUUACUGUUUUCAGCACACUCGACUUCAGGGCUGACCGCAGAGACGAUGGUGUAGUUAUAAGUUGCAGAAUUGACCAUGAAUCUCUCAGUUCCAUUCCUCAGAUAGCAAAACAGCAACUUAUUGUUCACUAUAAACCUUCAGUUGAGAUUCUACCUUCCUCUUUGAUUCCACAGGAGGGCGCUACAUUAACAUUGAUCUGCCAGUCUAAAGGAAGACCAGUGCCUGAAUCCGUAAUAUGGAAAAAGGAUGGAGCAGAAAUUCCAGAUCAUGAAAGAAUGUCUGUUAAAGAUGGAGUGCUGACAAUUAGUUUGCUGAACAAGACAGACAAUGGAACAUAUCGCUGUGAAGCCACCAAUUCUAUUGGUCAAAAUGGUACAGAUUAUGUCUUGCAUGUGUAUGAUAUUUCCACUUCAUCGUUUCUCAUCACAAUCUCCCAUUUUCUUACUACUGCAACAGUCAAAAGCACUGUAACUAUAGCAAGUUUCACAACUGCAUCAGCUGCAAUCACCAUCAAAAGAGAUCCUAGUGCUCUAGCUGGACCAUCUGGACCUGAUCAUGCCCUUAUAGGAGGUGUUGUAGCUGUAGUAGUAUUUGUUACAUUGUGUUUAAUAAUUGUGCUUGGACGAUAUUUGGCAAGACAUAAAGGAACAUAUUUAACAAAUGAAGCAAAAGGAGCUGAAGAUGCACCUGAUGCAGACACAGCCAUUAUCAAUGCAGAAGGGAGCCAGGCCAAUGCUGAGGAGAAAAAAGAAUACUUCAUUUAAAUGCUGGCUAUGUUUCUUAAAAUGUUACACAUCGGACUGGCUGCUGGAGGACACUGGCUAUUAUUCUCUAAGCCUACACUUGACUUCAUUAACUACCAUGUUGCUAUCACAUUUAUUAUGCUGCAUAUCACUAUUUAUAGCCAGCCAAUGCCAACAACCAGCUUCUGAAGGAACCUACCAUUCUAAUUAGCAUUUGUAGUACAAAAUCAAUUGAACUGCCUGUAAUUCAUCCCUCAUUGGUACCUAUGUUUACAGUGCCUGAAUAUACAGACAUCUUUCUUUCUUAACCAUCUUGCAUAAACUGACAAAUGCAUAAUGGCUCUGAAAUAUUUCCAGUAUUUUUAUGUACAAAUGCACAGCCAAAUAUGUUAUUGAAAGUAAGAACUGUCAAGUCUGAUAAUCACAUGACUACUGUUUGUAGUGACAGUGCAAAAGGUAUCUCAAAACAAAACAAAUUGCAGAUAAUACAAAGUACAGAGAAGAAUGUUCAUCUGUUAAGGCAUAAAUAGGUAUAUUGUACAUGCCAUAGCUUCUUUGCAUAGAAGCUGAGAGACUGUGGAAAGGUUAAGGCCUUCAGGUGUUGUCACCUGCUGGCAGGCCCUGUACAUUGCAUAUAGAACCUAAUGUGCAUGCUGACAUUUACCAGUUUUUUUUUUUUUUUUUAAAUUUACAGACUUUCUUUUUAAAAUGUGUUUCUUUGUCCACAUUCCCUGUUAUUACUGGCUAUCAUAGGUGUCAAUCACCAUUUUUAUCAUUAAAAAGGAAUUAUCUGUUAAACAAAAUCCUUACGAUACCGCAGUCUGUUGCUUCAGUAAUUUUCUAUGCUGACAAUAGUUUGAUGUCUCCAGCAGAUUUUAUAUAUGUGGAACAUGGUAUUUGGACAUAACCUGGUCUUCUCUGCUCACCACCAAUCUCUUUGCACUUCUUCUUAAAAUGUUUGUCGUAAAAGAACAGCACAAUAGUAUUUGAGUCUCACCAGAGCAUCUCCACUUUGUUUUUCAUGCACAGUUAUGGCCUCCUGAAUUGUUUGUUGGAUUCUAAAUGAGACCAUACUAUUGCGUUGUUGUAAUGAUAAGGGAAAUUACCAUGAUAAAUAAGAAACAGACAAAGAAAAUAUUAUAUUAUCAGUCUAACGGCUGUUAAUGUGGAUAUGUGCUACUUGAAUUUAGUCAGUUUAAACUUUAAUAUUAUUAUUAGAAAUCUUUUUCUGUUACUCCAUAUAUAUUUUUUUCAGAAAUAGUAGCUACAACCACACAUAAAACUCAUCACUUUUGCAUUUAGCAUUAACGUGAUUUAGAGAAAGGAAAGUCAAAAGGCUACUUUAGUAACAUUUUGUCUGCAGAAAUAUUUUGACAUUGUGCCUCGUACAUGUUUAUAUCACUUUUUAAAUAAGGUUCCUUGCAACUUUUAUUCGUAUGGAUUACUGGCUAACUUCAUUUAAUUUCAGAGCACAUUUUUUACACAUUUUAAAUACUUUGAAUAUCUAUAAAUUUCAGUUUAUUCAAAUAAAAUCAAAAUGUAAUCAUACCAUCCGGAUAUGUGUCUUGUCACUUUUAUCCAAUGCAAACUGCAACAUAAAGAGCUACAGCCUACUGCCUUCAUGUUGCUUAUUGUUCAGUUGAAGCAGCUUAAGGUUAUAAUAUAAUGUUUACCUCUGUAAAACAUACAUGUCUGUAUAUUCCAGCACUGUUUAGAAAUAAUUACUUUAUGUUUCUUGUUCUAGUUUGUUAAAAUAUAUAAAAUGGAAGCACAACAUUAACAAAACGAACAUUUAAAGCUAACAACUGGUGUGCAGCCUCAGGUUGUGAAUUUUCUAACCACAUUUGAUCAUGUGUUCUUUAGUAUAUAGCUCUAGGUAAACCAAUGAUGACUGCUGAUACUGCAGAAAAGAUGUCACUUUAUUCUUAAUUUUUAUUCAGUUGUGUGCAUAGCAUCACACAGUAAAUCAACAUCAUUUUAUUUUAGUCGACAAAUUUAAUACAAAACUGGAAAAAUAAAAUGUCAUAUAUAUUAAUAAAUGUGGAUGAUGUAAAACUCACAUUAUUAGUAUAUACAGUAACAAUAAAUAAGUACAUUUCAAGUAUGUAAAAGUUUGUCCUACUUACAUAUUUUCUUGCUUCAGGCAUCUGACAUUACAGUAAACAAAUGAGCUAUAUAUAUAUAUAUAUAUAUAUAUAUAUAUAUAUAUAUAUAUAUGUGUGUGUAGAAUUUCUACAAUUUUGUGAUCUUAAUACCAGAGAGCUGAAACGUUAGCACGCUGAGCCCACAAGGACAUAUAUUCUUGGAAGUUUCAUUUUUGAUUGGACAGGCUCAGAUUUGUACAAUAAUGUCAGAAAGAAAACAAAGUGAACACCAGAAAAUAAUAUACAGUGAGUUAUGUAUAGAUGGAUUAACUGUUUAUAUUAAUUCUUGUCUAUGCAUUUUUGUGAAGUAUAAAUAAUUGUAAGUCACUCAUGUAACAAUCCUAUUAGUGCAUUUGGGCAUUUUCAGUAUUACUAGAUAUCUACCAUGCUCUUUAUUCCUCUAUAAAAAUUUGUAUAUUUAUGGACUACACCCUAAAAUUCAAAUCUGAAUAGAAGUUUUGGUUUAUGUAAAUUAUUAAUUUUUUAACAAAUUAAUUAAUGCUUUAAACAGUGUUGUGCUUAAGAAUCAUGCUACAAUUUUUGUCAUCCAGCAUCACCUAUAUUAUUGUACACAUUGUACAGCUGUGAGGACAAGUUAACAGCAUAUCUUAGAAUUUAUUGUGCUUUUCUGAUCUGCCCUGUUAACCUCUUUCUUUUGCAUGGCAAUUAAAUGUCAGCCUCCUGGCACCAUUCAAUCUUAAAUUCAGUAAAUAUGAUUAUCUUCUCAUCUGUAUGUGUCAUAACUCUGCAGAUAAUAUAAAUAUCUUGGUUGCAAAUUUUAGGUAUAGUAGAAAUGCAGUACCAUUAGUAAAUGCUCUAAGAUGAGAGAAAUGGGUCUUCAUAUAUUAUUUUCUGUCUAGGUAUACAAUAUUAAAAAUGUAAACUGGGCAGGUUUCAAAGCCAAUAUUACAAAUCCUGAUUAAAAAAAAUACUUCUUAAGCUAUUUGUCCUAGCUUCCAUGAUUAUGGCUGCUCAUUUUAUAAGGUCUCAACAUAUAAAUAAUUAAAGUAAAUUGCUUAAUCCUCAUUACAUAUUAAAUCAUAUACAUUUUUAGAGCUCAUAUACAGUACAACAUUUUAAAGACUUUAUCUGUAUUGGUGUGGUUGCAUGCUUGUUUUUACAAUUCACUCUAUGCCAUCUGUGAAAAAAUGCAAUAAUGUGUGAAUAUAGUAUGGUAGUUUGGCAGUAUAAGAUAGGUGCUACUAGUCACAUAGAAACUAAUUUAGAUGCACUUGAGAAAAUGUUAUAUUUGUAAAGAAAGGACAUUCUUUUCUUUACAUUAAGAGGAACUGGUUAUAAUUAGGUAAAUGAAAAAUCAAUUCUUCCUGUAUAGUUUAGUCACAUGUAAAUAAUUUGCCAUAGCCAGUAUUUACGCCCAAUGCCAGGAUGUAUAUUGCACAAAUUUAGACUGACAUUUUUUUUUUUCAGAUUUCAGCGCUGUGAUCAAUCAUUUUAUUUCUUUUAUUUCUUUUCAGUGUUAUGCUGUAUGCAGAAAAAGUCCUAUUUCUUUCCUGACAAAAAAAAAAUCCGUAGUUAAGCACAUAAAUUGCAAUACCCACAUGCUUUAAGAGCAUUGCUGGGGUGAUAGUAGGACAUUUACAAAAAGGGACUGUUAAUUUAUUCAGUUUAUAUCCUGUUCCAUUAGUUGCUCUGAUUUAGAUUACAUUAAAUGCUGCACUUCCUGUAACUGAGCUCACCUUUUGUGUACUUUUUUUCUUAAAUAGCAAAGAGCUUGGACAGUUUUAAGGAUUUUAGGCAAAUUGCAGCUACUGUAAUAAAAAAGCAAAGUCUAAACUUAUCAUUACUGUACACAGUAUCUUAGUUAAUUUGAUAUUGAUACAAGUUGUAAAGGACUAUGUUUAGUACAUGAACAAAAAAAGUAAUAAUCUGGAAAUAAAAGGCUACACAAUUCAGACAAACAGAAGUCAAGCCAAAUGUGGCAAAAUAAAAAUAAUGCAUUGUAACAACAUAACUGUUGCUUGAAAUUGUGUAACACCUUCUUGUAAACAUAUUUGUUUGAAAAGAGACAACAUGUCACAUUGUAGCAAGCUGAUAUAUGUUGCUUGAAAUUCUGUAGCACCUCCUUAUGAUGCAAAUUAUUUAAAAAUGGAAAUUUGUCCUUCUCUCAUUGCUGUAUAGGUAUAUUACAAAAAUAAUGGAAUAUACAUAAUUUAAAGUGCUUAUUAUGACUCAUGGAAAACUUUAAAUUUAUUUCUCUCAUUUUUUUUCCAUUGAAAGUUGAAUAGAAUGGAAGGAGCACACUGUCUUUUAAACUUACAGUGAUGUAUGCAUGCACAUGACAGCAUUAUCUCCUAUUUAUGACAUCAUAGUACAUUCCACAUUAGCCACUAAGGACACAUUACUAAAUGACAUCAAUUAAAGAGUUAUAGAAAGACUAAAGAAUGGUGCAAGGUUUCACAUAAAUCUUAUUAAUACUUAUACUAUGAAUAUACCGUGCAUUCAGAACAUAUGCAAAAUAUAAAUGUUUUUUUUCUGUAAAUAAUGUGUUUUGUAAAGUUUUCCUAGAGAUAUUAUGAGCUCUUUAAAAUUUCACUCUUGUUUCUUUGUGUUUAUUUUCUUUUUUUCUGCCAUGCCCAGCUUGUAACACUAAAUGUAGUAUGGACUGGUAUAUAAUUAUUCAUUUUAUUGCAUUAGUGUAGAUUUUGUAUCUCAGGAAUAUGUUUAAGUCCCACAUAGAAGUAGGCCACAGUAUCAGCCUAAUUAGCCUGUCCAGCUACGUUGAUCCAUGUUUUUUAAUCAUUAAACUGUUAAUAAAAAAUAUUCUAAGGGUC